UCGGGAAAUCCCAACACGGGGGCGCACCGCUCAAGUCUUAAACGAGGCUUUGCCAGUUUUAUGGAAAACUGUGUGUGUGCACGACUCGAAGUCGCAAAAACCUGAAGUGCUUUCUUCCCUUUUCGUUGCAUCCGAUUAUACAAAUGGCAGUGUCGGGACGUAAAUUGUCAGAUAUCCACGGCUCAGCUUCACUAGGUUCUGCAGAGGACUUUGACAACAGUUGUGAACCUUGCCUUUUCGUUGGUCAGCAUGUAGGAGCUCAUGGAUUUUGUGUGAAAUGCCAGGAAUAUCUAUGCAAAAAUUGCUUUGAGUGUCACAAGAAGACAAAAGCCACACGGAAUCACCAGCUUCUUGAUAAAGACAACGUUGGUAAACAUGCCACUACCAGUAAAGAUUCCGAUGAAUGCACAGAAAAAUGUUCUGAGCAUAAAAAGGAAAUGAUUAAAUUCUUCUGUCCAACACACAAAGCGCUUGGCUGUAAUGACUGCGUCAUCUUGGAUCAUAGGACAUGUAACAUUGACUACAUACCUGACAAAUGUUCAGAUAUAGGGGACAGCGAGGAAUAUAUGGAUAUCAUGAAGAAAUUAAAAGAAAAAAUGAAAGAAGCAGAAGAUAUUUUGAAGAAAGCUGAAGUGAGAGAUAAAGAGAUAGAUAAAUGCCAUGCUGGUAUUAUCAAGGAAAUCCUCAACUUCAGGAAGGAAAUAAAUGAGCGCCUAGAUCAACUACAGCAAGAUAUUCAAAAAGAUGUUGACAAAAAGAAGGCCAACGAUAAAAAAAUAAUUCAGAAGGUAGUUGAUGAAUGUGCCAGUAUUUCUACUGAAGUCAAGAAUUUGCAGUCAAGUCUACAAGCUUAUAGAAGUGCACGGCAAAACGGGCAACUUUACAUCAACAUUAAACGAGCUGAGUGCAAAAUAAAGUCAGAUGAAGUAAAGAAAGCAGAUGAACAUUUAGCAAAGUCAGAUAUGCAAUACUCAUUUGAACGAAAUACUGAUCUUAAAAACAUGUUGCUUAAACGCGACACAUUUGGGAAGUUAAAUCUCUCUUCUAGUCUGGUCGUGACAACGAAGAAGAAAAUAUAUCAAGAAAAAUAUACCUUAACACAUAAAGAAGAUAUGAAUAUAAAAACACAGUCAGAUAAUCACAAGUAUACCUGCGAUAUCACAGGAUGUGCUGUUUUGUCCUCUAACAAACUGGUGCCGGCUGAUGGAAGAAUCAGGAAGGUUAAAGUUGUAGACAUUCAAAGUAAAGCUGUCAUAGAAGAGAAAGUACUUAAAUCUCAACCAUGGGACAUUGCCGUAAUGCCUCGGGAUCAUAUUGCAGUAACACUUCCAAAUGAGAGAGCGAUAUAUUUAAUGUCAACAUCCGGUCAGUUGUCAGAAGUCAAGAAGAUUCCAGUAAAAGGCAAAUGUAUGAAUAUAACUUACCAUCAAGAUCACCUCUAUGUUGUUUGCAACUAUCCUAAAAGUGUAAUGGUACUGGAUACACAAGGUAAUGUCCAGAACACUAUCUCCCUGAAUAAUGACAUAUUUAAUGAUCCACGAUAUAUUGUGGUAAGUAAUGAUUCCAGACAUAUCUAUAUCAGUGACUGUCGUAGCCACUGUAUAGUCAGUAUAACAUUACAAGGUGAUGUAUCAGCUGUAUACAAACACGAGGAACUUAGUAGACCAAAGGGAAUGGUGAUGUUAAAUGAUGGAUCAUUGCUGCUGUGUUGCUGCAGGAGUAACACCAUUCAUCAUAUAACAGGAGACUUGAAGCAAGGUCAGAUAAUGAUAGAUGGUCUAUCAUACCCACAGUCUAUAUGCUACAGUCAUCAACAUGAUGAAGUCUAUAUUGGCUGCCUCAGUGGUCAACUGAAAGUGUUCAGUAUAAAAUGAACUACAUAAACAGCACAGUAAAUAUUAAACUCCAUGUAAACAAUUUUCUUAUUACAAUUUGAUUAUCAAGAAAUCAUUGAUGUUAACUUGUGAUACAGGUAGAGAAAAAUUGUGUUAAAAAUUGCAAAAUGAUUUUGUGAAAAAAACAACACAUAAGGAUGAUUUAGUUUUAGUAUAUUUAUAUAUAUUUGUUUUAAUUUCAAGCAGCCUAUAAUGAUAUAUUUAGCAUUCCAAAAAAGUAGUCAAGAAUUGAUAACUGUAAUUUAAUGAUUUCUGAAAUGCAAGACUGAACACUUCUUUGGAUAAUCUUCAGAUAUGUUGAAUAUUUAUCUGUAAUUUCUUCCUUACAUGUUGGACUCUUAUUCAGCAUUUAGCAAAAAUGUUUGCAAAAUGUUGUUCUUGUUGUUGUAAAAUG